UCUUCAGUCAGCCCCCAUCUAUAAACAGCUGCGAAAACACAGCAGUGUUCAUGGGAACUGAGCAGAGGAGGGAACACAGUCAUUCUGAUUGAUCAGCAGACCUCAGUGGGAACCCGAGCUAAGACAUAUACAACAGGCACCCAUUUGUAUGUGUGUGAGCGGAAGGCAGAGGAGGACUUUUUAUCACGAAGCUCUGGAGUUUACCCAUCAGUCAUAGAAGGAUCUGGAUCACUAUUUGUGCAGCAUAUCAUCACUGGGCAAACAUCGUAAAAGAAACUUCAAGGAUCCAUUUCAAAUCAGCGAGCGGCCAAAAACAUGGGGAUGUGCCCCAUCAGAUGCCAAUCCAACCUGGCAAUGCUUGAAAAUCCACCUGAACCUGUAACACCAGUCCCCCAGGACAGCGUGAUUGUGUCUCUCUAUAACUACCCGUCCUAUGGGCGCACAGAAUUGACCAUGUGCAUUGGAGAACUACUCACCAUCCUAUCAGAUGACGGCGAUUUUAUGAUAGUGAGGUCCACGUCCACAGGACGUGAGAGCUAUGUUCCCACCAACUACACGGCUAAGGUGACACAUAGGUGGCUGUUCACAGGCAUCAGCAGGUACAAAGCAAUGGAGCUGCUCAUGCAGCCGAGUAACCCAAAUGGAGCCUUCUUGAUCCGAGAGUCAGAGACAAACAGAGAUUGUUACUCGCUGUCUGUCCUGAGGAGGACCAACCCUUCAUACAUGGACUCUGUAAAGCACUACCGCGUCUCUCAACUUGAAAAUGGCUGGGUGUACAUAACUCCAGGACUCACCUUCCCCUCCCUGCAUCACCUGGUGGAACACUACUCAGAGUCUGCACAUGGAUUGUGCUGUCGGCUGACAGAGCCUUGCUACAUCCAAGGUUUCAACAACCCUAGAGAGGCCGCACCUAUACCCACAACUGUCAGGAGGCCUACGUUAAACUGGAAGGACAUUAGCAGGUCAGCGAUUUUCAGGAAGAAGAGAACAGAGUCAGACAACUCUCUGGUGAGCGAGGGGCUGAGGGAGGCCAUCGCCUCCUAUCUCCAAAUGACAGAGGGCGACAAUCACAGCUGGGACACUUGAGGAAAGACAGUGGAUCAGUCUGCGAGAAUAAAGUCGGACAGAUAAGAGUACAGUCAGAUACUGUCCUGUCUCACCUGCAGGAUGGGCAAGCCAUAAGAAAAGGUCAUUUGGACGCCCAGAUGUAGUCUAUGUACACUGCCCUGGAGCAGGAGGAGGGCUGAGACACUAUGAUGUUUGCAGUUGUGACAUAUUGCAUGUCAACAAGACGACUGGUUUUUGUGUCCAAAGAGACAUGCAGUGGAGGCGUGAGCUGAAUGUCAGUGAGAAAUUUCAUGUGGUCUCACAUGUUGAAUGUUUCUCUUAAUUUAUAACUUAACACGUACAUGCUGCAAUGAAUUAUAUUGUAAUAUGAUUGUUGUCAUGGUUAUAUUAUUGGAAUCCAAUAAAAUAUAUGAGUCAUGUGAUAAAUAAACACAUACAAAUAUAACCACCUAAACUUCAA